GCCGCUGGCCUUGGUUCACACCGGUGAUAUUACUGAUAUUCUAAUGAUUUAUCACGAUUUGGAGAAAUGUCCUCAUUAACAGAUAUAAAAUCUCUACUAGGUACAAAUUUGCCAAACAACAUUUUGCCAGUACGCAAGUACAACCAUGAACAAUCUACAAAUUACUUAAAAUAUGUAUUAAAGAAAAACUUACCAAAAAGUGAUAACAAGAACCUCACAAAUGAUUUUCAUUGGCAAUUCCUCCUUGAUAGACAUUCUUUCCAAAAGAAGAAAAGGUUGCAGAAGAAGAAAUCAUUCCUUUCACGAAAGCAACGUUCUGAGUUGAAUCUACUGAAAUUACCCAAGACAGGGUGGAGUUACAGUUCACUUCAAGCUAUUAGGAGUGCAUGGAAAGACUAUAUGAAAGAGAAUCUAAAUCUUCUGACUGCAGCACCAGAUUGUGCUGAACAGGAUUGGAAUUCUUUUAGCACUAUUGUUGGCAAAUCUGAAUUAGUUGGUGCUGAAAUGAGUGUGAUCAAAUCAAAAGUGCCUAGUCUUGUAGGCAUGAAAGGAACAGUUGUGUUGGAAAGUAAAAUGACUUUCCAGAUAGUUACUGAAUCAUCUAAACUCAAAACUAUUGUCAAGGACAGUUCAGUAUUCUGUUUCUAUCUGGAUAAUAUGAAAUUCACAGUUUAUGGAAAGUAUAUUGCCACAAGACCUAGUGAGAGAAGUGUUAAAAAAAAUAAAGGUCCAAUGGUACCAGAAAUAUAAUACAUUCAAGGAAUAUUCAAUCCCAAAUUUGUAAAACUGUUUCAAUUCCGAAAUAAAAUGCU